AUGACGGACACCAUCUUAUCCGGCCAAUCACUUGCUGUCAACGACAAGCUCGUCUCCAAGAACGGCAGGUACGCGCUUGGCUUCUUCAAAACAAACAGCAGCAAAUCAUCCCAGGACAUUACAAACUGGUACCUUGGCAUAUGGUUCAAUACAGUUCCCAAAUUUACUUCUGCAUGGGUCGCAAAUAGAGAUAAGCCAAUCCAGAACACCACCUCACUGGAGCUCACAAUCUCCCAAGAUGGCAACCUCGUAAUGUUGAAUCAGUCCACUCAAUCAAUUAUCUGGUCAACAGAAGCAAAUAUCACAAGAAAUAGCACAACUGUCAUGCUGUUGAGUAGUGGCAAUCUCAUAUUAGUAAACUCUUCAAACUUAUCUGAAGUUCUGUGGCAGAGCUUUGAUCACCCCACAGAUACACUUUUCCCUGGGGCGAAACUAGGAUGGGACAAGGUCACCGGCCUGAACCGCCGUAUUGUUUCUUGGAAGAACUUGAUUGACCCAGCUACCGGUGUGUACUGUGAUACGUCAGACCCCAGUGGUGCCGACCAGUUCUUGCUUACACCAUUGAACUCCUUCAUACCAUACUGGUCGACUGGUCUAUGGAACGGCAAAUCCUUUGCCUCAGUUCCAGAGAUGGCAGGCAACAACAAUCUUUUCUGUUCGACAUUUGUCCACAAUGACCAAGAGAUGUACAUGAAAAUUAGUUUAGUCGAUGAAACUAUGGUUACUCGUAAUGUACUAGACAUCUCGGGUCAAUCAAAACUGUUCAUCUGGUCAGAGAGUUCACAGGAUUGGACAGUGAUCUAUUCCCAACCGAAAGAUCAAUGUGAUGUCUAUGCAAUAUGUGGACCUUUCACAAUCUGCAAUGUUAAUGUGUUUCCACAUUGCACUUGCAUGGAGGGCUUCAUCAUAGCAUCCCCUGAGGAUUGGGAUCUAGAAGAUCGAACCUCUGGGUGCUCAAGAAAUACUCCUUUGGACUGCAUUAGCAACAAAAGCACAACACAAACCACAGACAAGUUCUACCCUGUACCAUGUGUUAAGUUGCCCCAGAAUGCCCAAGAAGUAGAAGUUGCUGCAAGCGCGAGCGAGUGUGAACAAGUUUGCCUGAGUAAUUGCUCCUGCACAGCAUAUUCCUUCAACAAUGGCAGAUGUUACACCUGGCAUAAUGAACUGCUCAACAUAAAAGCCCUACAGUGUAGUGGCACUACCAAUUCAACUGGGGAAACUCUUUACCUUCGUGUUUCCGCUAAAGAUCUCAACAGAUUAAAAAACAAUAGAAAGGAGAUUGUUAUUGGAGUUGCAGUUGGUACAGCUGUUUCUGUUCUAGGCUUAUUUGCCCUCAUUCCCCUAAUAAUUAUUUGGAGAAAUAAAAGGAAGGGUUCUGGACAUAUACCGGAUGGUGUUCAAGGUUGUAAUGGAAUUAUUGCAUUUGGAUAUAGUGAUUUACAGCGUGCAACAAAUAAAUUCACAGGAAAGUUGGGGGAAGGCAGUUUUGGUGCUGUAUUCAAAGGGUUUAUAGAUGACUCAAUUGCUGUAGCAGUGAAGAGGCUUGACGGUGCUUAUCAAGGAGAGAAGCAAUUCAGAGCAGAAGUGACAAGGUAUCAGAUAGCACAAGGAGUUGCCAGAGGGCUAGCCUACUUGCAUGAGAGUUGUAGAGACUGCAUAAUACACUGUGAUAUUAAGCCAGAAAACAUACUUCUUGAUGAUUCAUUUAUUCCAAAAAUUGCAGACUUCGGCAUGGCAAAGCUUUUGGGAAGGGGGUUUAGCCGAGUACUAACUACAGUGAGGGGAACUGUAGGGUACCUUGCACCUGAAUGGAUUGCCGGUGUUGCUAUUACACCAAAAGUAGAUGUUUAUAGCUACGGGAUGGUGUUGCUGGAAAUAAUAUCUGGAAAGAGGAACUCGUGCACUUCCAGUUCUAGUGGUGGCAACCUUGAUGUUUUUUUCCCCGUGCAUGCCGCACGCAAGCUUCUUGAGGGAGAUGCUGGAAGUUUGGUAGAUCAUAUGCUACAUGGUAAUGUCAAUCUGGAUGAGGCUGAACUGGCUUGCAAGGUUGCAUGUUGGUGCAUCCAAGAUGAUGAGCUUGAUCGACCGACAAUGGGACAGGUAGUUCAGAUUCUCGAAGGGCGAGUUGAGAUCGGGAUGCCCACAAUACCAAGACUGCUUGAAGCUAUGGCUGGGAGCACGCACUCACCGUGA